AUGAGGCUUAUUGUUAGCGAUUCAUGGGCUCUCAUCUUGUCGUUUAGUUUCUCCUUCUGGUUCACAUUUUUGGUGCUCUUUCUCUACAGGGAAUCUCUUACAGAUGUGACUGGUUUUGGUGGCUGCAAAUUCAUCUCAUUCGAGGACCGACACUGGCACUCGGAGUGCUUCGCUUGCAGCAAAUGUGAGAGCAAUCUGGUCGGUCGCGGCUUCCUAACCAGCGACGAUCUGAUCAUGUGUUCUGAAUGUGGCCGCUAG